GCGGCGGCGGCGGCGGCGCCGGGCGUGGGCGGCGCGGGGGCGACCGGCCCGGGUGUCACGGGGCCCUGCGGGGCAGUGUCCGUGUUCCCCGGCGCCCGCCUCCUCACCAUCGGCGACGCGAACGGCGAGAUCCAGCGGCACGCGGAGCAGCAGGCGCUGCGCCUCGAGGUGCGCGCCGGCCCGGACGCGGCGGGCAUCGCCCUCUACAGCCAUGAAGACGUCUGUGUGUUCAAGUGCUCGGUGUCCCGGGAGACGGAGUGCAGCCGUGUGGGCAAGCAGUCCUUCAUCAUCACCCUGGGCUGCAACAGCGUCCUCAUCCAGUUCGCCACGCCCAGCGAUUUCUGUUCCUUCUAUAACAUCCUGAAAACCUGCCGGGGCCACACCCUGGAGCGGUCGGUGUUCAGUGAGCGCACGGAGGAGUCCUCUGCUGUGCAGUAUUUCCAGUUUUAUGGCUACCUGUCCCAGCAGCAGAACAUGAUGCAGGACUACGUGCGGACAGGCACCUACCAGCGUGCAAUCCUGCAGAACCACACGGACUUCAAGGACAAGAUCGUUCUUGACGUCGGCUGCGGCUCUGGGAUCCUGUCGUUUUUCGCCGCCCAGGCUGGAGCGAGGAAGAUCUACGCGGUGGAAGCCAGCACCAUGGCCCAGCACGCCGAGGUCUUGGUGAAAAGUAACAACCUCACAGACCGCAUCGUGGUCAUCCCCGGGAAGGUGGAGGAGGUCUCACUCCCCGAGCAGGUGGACAUCAUCAUCUCGGAGCCCAUGGGCUACAUGCUCUUCAACGAGCGCAUGCUCGAGAGCUACCUGCACGCCAAGAAGUACCUGAGGCCUGGGGGAAACAUGUUCCCCACCAUUGGUGAUGUCCACCUCGCACCCUUCACGGAUGAACAGCUCUACAUGGAGCAGUUCACCAAGGCCAACUUCUGGUACCAGCCAUCCUUCCAUGGAGUGGACCUGUCAGCUCUCCGAGGUGCUGCGGUGGACGAGUAUUUCCGGCAGCCUGUGGUGGACACAUUUGACAUCCGGAUCCUGAUGGCCAAGUCUGUCAAGUACACGGUGAACUUCUUAGAAGCCAAAGAAGGAGAUUUGCACAGGAUAGAAAUCCCAUUCAAAUUCCACAUGCUGCAUUCCGGGCUGGUUCACGGUCUGGCCUUCUGGUUUGACGUCGCUUUCAUUGGCUCCAUAAUGACCGUGUGGCUGUCCACGGCCCCGACGGAGCCCCUGACCCACUGGUACCAGGUCCGGUGCCUGUUCCAGUCACCACUGUUCGCCAAGGCCGGGGACACGCUCUCAGGGACAUGUCUGCUUAUUGCCAACAAAAGACAGAGCUACGACAUCAGUAUUGUGGCCCAGGUAGACCAGACAGGCUCCAAAUCCAGCAACCUCCUGGAUCUGAAAAACCCCUUCUUCAGAUACACAGGCACGACGCCCUCCCCGCCGCCUGGCUCCCACUACACGUCCCCCUCGGAGAACAUGUGGAACACCGGCAGCACCUACAACCUCAGCAGCGGGAUGGCCGUGGCUGGGAUGCCGACCGCCUAUGACCUGAGCAGUGUUAUCGCCGGCGGCUCCAGCGUGGGCCACAACAACCUGAUUCCUUUAGCCAACACGGGGAUUGUCAAUCACACCCACUCCCGGAUGGGCUCCAUAAUGAGCACGGGGAUUGUCCAAGGGUCCUCCGGCGCCCAGGGCAGCAGCGGUGGCAGCUCCAGCGCCCACUACGCGGUCAACAGCCAGUUCACCAUGGGCGGUCCCGCCAUCUCGAUGGCCUCGCCCAUGUCCAUCCCAACCAACACCAUGCACUACGGGAGCUAGGGCCCUCCGGC